GAGGGAAACUACUUCUCGCUGUGAUUUUUCAGCGACCAAUGAAGGGCAACUCAGUCCAGUGUGGUGACAUCACCGGCCUAAAGAGGGUCUAUUCGACUUCCUGCAAGGCUGUGACUGGUUCAGGUCGAUUGCAAUAAAUCUCAAUUCCUUGUCCCUCAUCCCCCCCGCCUCCUCUUGUGGUCUGUCUGUGUGUCGACCGGAACAUACGCCUGGAUGCAGCUGACCCCCACCGUGUCUUUCACAAGCUCUCGCAGUUUCGGCGGGUCAGCAGCUAACUCUUCUGCAAAAGUUGGAAGUCUCGGUUUGCCUUUUCUCCCGAGCUAGCCCGGGGCUUGCAGGCAAACACUUGAGGGCAAGAGAUUCUCGAUGCCAAUGAUUGUCUUCAAUGGCUGGGAACCUUUGAGCGAGCAGCCUUCAUCUUGGGGUAUCUACAGCCAAUGGGCAUGAAGCUGACCUUUAUGAGAGGUUCCUGACUGCAGGACUGUGAUUGAACAAAGUGAAUAAUCUGAAGCCAGUUUCCUCGCUUUUUAUGCCUGAUAGAACACUUGACCCAAAGAUGUACAAUGCCAUCUUGUCUGUGUGCCUCGUGAUGUAUUUGCUGCUGGGAAGCUGUAGAGGAGUCUUCAAGAUCCAAGUACCCGAAGUCCCCGUGGUUGCCAUCUUUGGAAAAGACAUCACCCUGAACUGUUCCUUCACCACCAAUGCCACUUUCUCCCUGGGCGACCUCAGUAUCAUUUGGCAGCUCACGGAGACCCGGAAGAUGGUGCACAAGUACCCACACCAGCCGGACCAGCAGGCGGACAACUUUGUGAACAGGACAGCGCUGUUCACCGAGGAGCUGGAAAAGGGCAAUGCUUCUUUGCUGUUGAGGCAUGUCCGGAUUGAGGAUGAGGGCAGCUUCACCUGCUUUGUGAGAAUUAAAAGCCACCAGAGUGCUUCCAUCAUGCUCCGAUUGGCAGCUUCUUACUCCAAACCCAACCUGCACUUGGAACCCAACAAGAAUCUCAAGCCUGGUGAUGAGGUAGCCAUUGCUUGUCACUCUUCUGGCGGUUACCCCCAAGCUACGGUGCAAUGGCAUGAUGGGAAAGGGAGCAAUAUCACCGAGAAUGUCACCACUUCGCAGGUAGCCAAUGAGGAGGGUCUGUUUGAUGUCCGCAGUGUGAUCCGGGUGAUACUGGAGCCCAACAGCACGUACAGUUGCCUGGUGAGGAACGAGCUGCUGAAUGAGGAGACCCAAGCCUUGGCAACCAUUACAGGGCAGCAUCUGAAGUUCCCCGUGGUGGCCUUAUGGUUGACGAUCGGUCUCUCAAUUUGUCUGCUGGGGCUGCUGGCCGCCCUGGGAUACGUGUGCAGACGGAAGAUCCGGCAAAGCUGCGAGGAGAACAAAGCGGAAGACGAUGCAGAAGAAGAGACAGAAGCAAGAACAGUAAUGAAGCCUUUGGAACAUGCUAAUGAUAACGAAGUGGAAGAGGAAGUACUUGAAUGACAAGAAAGAAAAUCCGAAGCAAGUCAAGAACCUUUCCACAAGUGCUUUGCCAUUUUGCUGCCUUACUUCAUGGCUGUCAUUGUUUAAGCAUAACCCAACUGACCUAAGGCUGGGAUUAACCGAGAUCACAACUGCCAUUGAGCUAAAUUCUUUGUCCGUCUAGUUGUUUGACCAGACUGUUUGCUCCAGUUGUCCUGGGAUUUGCUGCAGAUGCCACUAUCUGAAAGCUAAUAUUAUGUCAAAAAUUAAGGAUGUAUCUAAUUAUGUUUUGUACACAUUUAACUGAUCUGCUGUCAGUUCAAUGCCUGAAGAACCCAGAUCCUUGUUCAGAAUGUCAGACAGUCUGAAGUGGAAUGAUAUUUUUCAGUGAUAUUUUUCAUCUAUAGAGUUGAAUUGUUCUAUUUUUGGCUUGUGAUAGUGACUUUAUUGCUGUUGAAUACACAUAUAACUAGCUGCUGGCUUUGAAAGAACAUUUGUGCUUUUUUUUUCCCAGUCAGUCAUUCCAGUUGUUAAGUAACAGCUUUCAUUUCUACCACUGUAAAUCAUUCUGAAGUCUUCACGUUUCUAUUUCACGUGGGAACUCCAAAGAGCCACGGUACAGGUUUUGCGGCUGUAAUGACAGUGAAUCUGCCUGUGUUCACCCUCAUUAUUCUGCUGUGUAACACAAUAAUGGCUGGAGUCCACACACGCACAGAAUGACACAGAAUUCCAGAAGUUAAUGUCAGUGAUUCCAGGCUUGACUUGAGAGUCCGCUGUUGAGGACCACCUCUGUCCCCAGACAGCAAUUAAUGAAUUGACGUCUUGUGUUGGUAGUCUUGCUGUGAAAACCGUUGAUUCACGUUGGAUGAGGCAUAACUGGGAAUUUUUACUGUGUACUAACUUCAGAAUCAUUGCCAAACACCUCAAUGGUCCUAAGAAGCGAAGUUGAUAUUUGUGGGAAUGUAAAACGUCUCCAUUAUGAAUAAAAAGGAAUUUGCAUUUUU